AUGGUAUCCCUUCAAGUUUGCGUCGCUUGCCGAAGCUCUCGACACUACCACAUCUGCAUCCCGUGGGGAGUCCCGGGAUGGAUAUGGGCCCCCGCGAUAGGUCGUCACCGUGUUUCUAGGGUCGUCGAGAGGAAAAACAAGCUCGUCGCCGGGCUCGAGAGCCUGGUUUUCGGAGACCACUUCAAUGACGACAUCACUGAGGUCGUGUGGCUGCGGGUGUUGAUUCGCCUGGCGUUCGGUAGAGGGUUCAAUCAGCCUGUGGCCAACGCGUCCCUGAGGCAACUGACGUUCGGAGACUGGUUCAACCGCUCGCUUGACGGGACCACGUGGUCGGGAUCGCUGCAACAGUUGAGCUUCGGCGAUUUGUUUAACAAGCUGAUCCGGAAUGUAGCAUGGCCGCCUUCGCUGCGGCAGCUAUCCUUGGGGUUCUGCUUCGACCGGCCUAUCGCCGACGUAGCGUGGCCAGCCUCGCUGCAGGAUAUUUUUUUCGGGCACAACUUCAACCGUCCGAUCCAUGACGUAUCAUGGCCGGCGUCGCUGCGACGCCUCUCGUUUGGGUACUCUUUCAACCACCCCGUGAAAGCCGUACUAUGGCCAACAUCUGUGCAAGAGAUACGUUUCGGUAUCUGCUUCAACCAGCCGAUCCGCAUGGCUGCGUGGCCUGGGUCCCUUCGACGGCUCACCUUUGGCCGCAACUUUCAGCAGCAGCGCAUGGACCAAGUCGAGUGGCCGGCCUCGCUGGAGCAGCUUACCAUAGCCCGCCGGCCCAAUGAUCCCCUGCCAGCUUGGUCAGGAGUGCGCAUAUUUCGCGUGUGGGAGGAUUGGUGGUAG